UGGGAAAAUCUUAUACUUUUCACUAACAGUUAACUAUCAAGUCUUGAAUAACUAACUAACUAUUGGAAAGUUAUUUCAAAUAAAAGUUUUUUUUUAAUUGUUUUGUGAAAUUUGAUUGAAUCGCAACAAUAAAGUAAUGGCUUUCUUGGAGUUAUUGUUACCACAACUGAUUAGAGGCGGUGGCGCCGGUGGACAGGCGUUCAAUACGCUUAUGGAUCAGGACUGGAAUCAUUGGAAACUACAGAUGCAAUCGUGGAUGGAGGACGUCAAUGAACAAAGAGCUACCGGUGCUACAGCUGCUGGUAAUUGUGGCCAACGAUGUGGCGCUGAGAGCACUGGUGAUGGACAAGGAUUGGAUGCACUGUUGGGUAUGUGGUCACAGUUUGCUGGAGCCGCGGCCAACAAUCAGCCGUCAAACAGCCGCCAAUCAGCGGGUGGACAGUCGUCGUCGUCAUCGGAUCUGGUGAAGAACGACUCGCGAAAAUUGGUCAUCAAACUGGACGUCCAACACUUUGAGGCACAGGAACUGUCGGUAAAGAUUGUGGACAACCAUAUUGUGGUCACUGGCGAACAUUCCGAGCGUACCGAUCGUCUGAGUCAAGUGAGUCGUCGCUUUCAGCGUCGUUAUCCGCUUGACGAUGACGUAGAAGUCGACACUGUUGUGUCCACUUUGACCGCAGACAAAGUGCUUAUUGUCGAAGCACUGAAAAAGCCGACCGACGACAGACCAGAUACCGGUAACCAUAUUGUCAUACCGGUUAUCCGCGAGGGUAACACUGAUAGCACCACAGCCAGUGGUGGUCAACAAUCAGCUGGUGAUGACCAAAAUGAUCACCAAAUGGAUUGA